UACAAAGAUUUAAGAGUUAUGUGGACUCGUUGUUUCAUUGAUGAAACUCCAACAAACGUUUAUACAGCGUUCUCGAGAAUGUUAUGCUCAGAUAUCGCCGAAAAAAUAGUUAAAGCGAGAUUUUUAUAGUUUGACGUCAUAAGUAUCCCUCCGCGCACGCAGGCUCGCGUGCCUUUGGCGGAAGUAGUCCCGGUAGGCUUGGCGUAUCACCUUGAGCUCGCGAUCAGGAGCGCAUCAGUCACGGCAGACGAUCAGCAAACGCAGGAUAUUACCCGGCUCUUCCACAAUGCCCCACACUAAAGUUCAAGAUAUGGGAUCUGCCUUCAUCCAGACGCAGCAGCUCAACGCUGCCAUGGCCGACACCUUCCUGGAGCACAUGUGUCUGCUGGACAUCGACUCUGAGCCCACCAUCGCCCGCAACACUGGGAUCAUCUGCACCAUCGGACCGGCUUCUCGCUCUGUGGACAUGCUGAAGGAGAUGAUCAAGUCUGGCAUGAACGUUGCUCGCAUGAACUUCUCUCACGGCUCACACGAGUAUCAUGGAGAGACGAUUAAAAAUGUACGUGAAGCUUGUGCCAGCUUCCAGCCGGGCAGCAUCCACUACAGGCCAGUGGGCAUCGCCCUGGAUACCAAGGGGCCAGAAAUCCGAACCGGGCUCAUUAAAGGGAGUGGCACGGCUGAGGUCGAGCUGAAGAAGGGAAAUAAAAUCAAAGUGACCUUAGAUGAUUCUUUCAUGGAGAGCUGUGAUGAGGAAACCCUCUGGCUGGACUACAAGAACAUCACCAAGGUGGUGGAAGUGGGCAGUAAAGUCUACAUUGAUGAUGGACUCAUUUCUCUCCAGGUCCGAGAGAUCGGCUCUGACUAUCUGGUGUGUGAAAUUGAGAACGGAGGAACUCUGGGUAGCAAGAAGGGUGUCAAUCUGCCAGGAGCCGCUGUUGACCUACCUGCCGUUUCGGAAAAAGACAUCCAAGACCUGCAGUUUGGUGUAGAGAUGGGAGUCGACAUGGUCUUUGCCUCCUUUAUUCGCAAGGCAGCUGAUGUGCAUGAAGUUAGAAAGGUGCUCGGAGAGAAGGGCAAGAACAUCAAGAUCAUCAGCAAGCUGGAGAACCACGAGGGUGUGCGCAAGUUUGAUGAAAUCAUGGAGGCCAGCGACGGCAUCAUGGUUGCUCGUGGUGACCUGGGUAUUGAAAUCCCCACUGAGAAGGUGUUCCUGGCCCAGAAGAUGAUGAUCGGUCGCUGCAACAAGGCAGGAAAGCCAAUCAUCUGUGCCACACAGAUGCUGGAGAGCAUGAUCAAGAAGCCUCGUCCUACACGUGCCGAGGGCAGCGACGUGGCCAACGCCGUUCUGGAUGGUGCUGACUGCAUCAUGUUGAGUGGAGAGACUGCAAAGGGAGACUAUCCUCUGGAGGCCGUGCGCACCCAGCACAUGAUCGCUCGCGAGGCAGAGGCAGCCAUGUUCCAUCGGCAGGUGUUUGAGGACCUGCGUCGCUGUUUGGGCCACUCCACCGACCCCGCCGAGGCCAUCGCCAUUGGCGCCGUGGAGGCCUCCUUUAAAAUCCUGGCCUCUGCGUUUAUAGUCCUCACUGGGUCUGGCAGGUCUGCUCAUCUGCUCUCCCGGUACCGCCCACGUGCCCCAAUCAUAGCCGUGACCCGUAACGAGCAGACGGCCCGGCAGGCUCAUCUGUACCGCGGCAUCUUCCCCGUAUUCUACAACAACCCCUCUAAUGACGUCUGGGCCGAGGAUGUGGACCUGCGUGUCAAUUUUGCCAUGGAAGUUGGUAAAGCUCGUGGAUUCUUCAAGACCGGUGAUGUCGUCAUCGUCCUGACCGGCUGGCGCCCAGGUUCCGGUUACACCAACACCAUGCGCGUCGUCCCGGUGCCAUAAGCGCCACAGGACCGUAACGCACUCCUCUACUGUUCAUACAUCACUCCCCUCCCUCACUCCCGCCCCUCCCCGACUCAAACAGGCUUACCAGACUGGUGACCUGAUGUCAUCACAGAAGCCUGGCUCCUCCCACACAGGCCAGUGGACCAUCAUCACUUAGACGUUCUCACUUUUUUUUCAUUUUCAGUCUCAAUGGCACACUUGCCAACCAUAAUCUUGUUCAUCCAUGGUUGUUACUCAUUAAAGCAGAGCUGUCUGUGCGCUUGUCUGUCUGCAUGUCUGGCACAGAGACGGGUCGUGAACGUGACCAUUGAACAAACAGCAGCUUACUGAAACUAACCUUCUCCUUUAACAGUUCCCGAGUGGCGAAGGGCUCACGCGUGACUCUAGUUUGUGUUGUUUUUAUUUGUAGUGUGCGCUUUAUUUGCACCGUGUCUGUGUUCACACUCCUUAUGAUGUUACAUUCUGUGUUGCACUAGACCAUGAGACCAUUUUGUUUGGGAUGAGGCAACCAAUGUGCUACAGUAAAUAUAUUUUUUUGAAAUGUUGACGUUGGGAUGUCCAGCUCAUUUCAUUUGUGUCUGAGUAGGAGAACGAUGAUGAGCGAGAGAUGAAUAUUGAUUGAGCAGCAAUGGUCACAUUCCCAGCCAUCUCUCCUGUUCAUUUCCUUUCUCUCUGCUGCUCGUGUGUGUGUUUGAGUGAGAGUGUGUGUGUUUAGAUCUACCCGCUUUGUGUCGCUAGGGUGCAAGAUGUACUUAUAACUGUAAGAGAAAACUAUAGUAUCAUCUGAAGUGUUGUAUUAUUCAAGACUGAAUUAAUAAAGGAGAUGAGCAUCUGUCCAGA